AUCAUCCAGUGAACCCACCGCAGAGCACCCAGUCCCCGUGGUUGAUCGAUUUCCCGGAGGACUGCAACUACUCUAUCCGCUCGAACAAGGGUGUCUUUGAAGUGUUCACCAGUGCCGAAGCCGAGCAGCCGCUCCCCUACGAGUACACCAAGCUACCGGUCUUUGUCCAGGACAUGCAGAUGAUGUGUUCCAUGAUUGCCGACGGGCCGUUGAAGUCGUUCUGCUAUCGCCGUCUCAGCUACCUCUACUCCAAGUUCCAACUGCACGUGCUGCUGAAUGAAUUGCGCGAGCUGGCCUCGCAGAAGGCCGUCCCUCAUAGGGACUUCUACAACAUCCGCAAGGUGGACACUCACAUCCACGCCGCCAGCUGCAUGAACCAGAAGCAUUUGCUACGUUUCAUCAAGAAAACCCUGAAGAAUUCCGCCGACGAGGUCGUAACGGUGACCAAGGGGCAACAGAUGACACUGUCGCAGGUGUUCCAAUCCAUGAAUCUGACCACGUAUGAUCUGACGGUGGACAUGCUGGAUGUGCAUGCCGAUCGGAACACGUUCCACCGCUUCGACAAGUUCAACGCCAAGUACAAUCCGAUCGGAGAAUCGCGCCUUCGGGAGGUGUUUCUGAAGACGGACAACUACCUCAACGGAAAGUACUUUGCCAACAUCAUCAAGGAGGUGGCCAGUGACUUCGAGGAGAGCAAGUACCAGAAUGCCGAGCUGCGUUUGUCGAUCUACGGCAAGUCGCCGGACGAGUGGCACAAGCUGGCCAAAUGGGCCAUCGAGGGCAAUGUGUACUCCGACAACAUCCGCUGGCUCAUUCAGAUUCCUCGACUUUAUGACAUCUUCAAGACCAACAAGCUGAUGAACUCGUUCCAGCAGAUCUUGGAAAACGUGUUCAAGCCGCUGUUCGACGCCACCAACAACCCGAGUCAGUAUCCGGAGUUGCACAAGUUCCUGCAGUAUGUGAUCGGGUUCGAUUCGGUAGAUGACGAGUCCAAACCGGAGAAUCCACUGUUCGACGGAGACGUCACUACGCCGGAUCAGUGGACCGACGACGAGAACCCACCGUAUGCGUACUACAUCUACUACAUGUAUGCCAACAUGACGGUGCUGAAUCACUUCCGCUCGGAACGGGGCAUGAACACCUUUGUGUUGCGACCCCACUGUGGUGAAGCCGGACCAGUUCAGCAUUUGGUGUGCGGCUACUUGAUGGCGGAAAAUAUCUCGCACGGAUUGUUGCUCCGGAAGGUUCCGGUACUUCAGUAUCUGUACUAUCUCGCACAAAUCGGUAUCGCCAUGUCUCCAUUGUCCAACAACUCCCUCUUCUUGAACUACGACCGCAACCCGUUCCCGGAAUACCUAGCCCGCGGUUUGGUAGUGUCACUGUCCACCGAUGACCCACUGCAGUUCCACUACACCAAGGAACCCCUCAUGGAGGAGUACAGCAUUGCGGCCCAGGUGUGGAAGCUCAGCUCGUGCGACAUGUGCGAACUGGCGCGGAACAGCGUGCUCAUGAGUGGCUUCCCGCACAAGAUGAAGCAGCACUGGCUCGGACCGAACUACACCCGCGAGGGUGUGGCCGGAAACGACAUCACCCGAACGAACGUGCCGGACAUCCGGGUGGCCUUCCGAUACGAGUCGCUCCUGGACGAACUGUCCAACAUUUUCAAGGUGAACAACGAACGGACCCUGGGGCUGGCGGUUUCCAACUAGGAUGAUAGGACGGUAGGAUCAAAAGUGGUAUUUUGUACGGACUAAAAUAGCAGCAAAGUGAUGUGAAAUUAAUGGCACUGAUUGUAACCUGAGAUGUUGAUUUUUUUUAUGAACUUUACUAAUAGGUAAUAUUUAUUAGUUCGAGAAUUUAUCGAUUGUUGAAUCUGAAUUUACGACUUGCAUCGGCCGGACAAAGCUGACGAAUCUGUACCACAACCAUAUAUUUAUCGUGUUUCUAAAAAUUUAUGACGUAUACUUAUGACUUUCGACGACCCCCUUAUAUAACCACUUAUUGUGCAUUGUGUCAAGACAAAUUGCGAAAAAAAAACCGUAUUUGCAUUAAGCUCUGUGGUAAUCGUUUCAGUAGUGCAUUGCAUUCUGUAUUCCUGCUAUGUCUCUCAUGGAAGAAAUAAACGUAUCUGUUUUUGAAAAUACUA